AUGGCGCACGUCGUGCCCAAGCCGACCGGCACAAAACGGGCGACUGAGCCUACGUGUUGCCACAGCAAGCUCGAGCUGUGCGCAUGCCGCGUCCAUGGCAUCUCGUGUGCCUCCCCGUGGCCCAUCUCGAGCUCCGAACGGACUAUGGUGGCUGUUCCUACGAGCUUUGGUGUCCAUUCCUCUGCCACAAGUCCACAACCAAGCACGUGGAGCUUGGAGCCAAACAGCCACAGUAGUAUAAACAGCAAUGGAACAAACUUGGAUACAGACCAGACCGAGGAGCAUCGCGUUUCAUCAGUUUCAUACAAGCAUGACACCGCCAUAGAACCAAGUUUCGGGCUGUAUGCAUCAUCGUUGUCUGAAACCAUCAACCCUCGUGUCCCCUCAGGUCACCAUUACUCCGUAGCCGAUGAGCCCGCAAGCACCACCAGUCCACCGCCGAUAUGA